CGCGGCGGGGCCGGGCCGGGGCCGGGCCGGCGGGGCCGCGACCGAGAGGCGACACCGGCGACAUGUUCCGCUGCCGCGGGGCCCUGGCGCGCGCCCUGCACCCCCCGCCGCCGCGAGGGCGCGCACAGGCGGGCACCUUGUUGCAGCGCUGGAAUGUGCCCCCAGACCUGCAGCUGAGCAGACAAGUGCAGACAGGCGUGCCCGGGGAAAAAGGCAGUAAUAAGUUUUUUGCCUUUAUUGUGGGCUUGACCACCUUAGGAGCAGGUGCCUAUGUGUACAAAACACUGAAGGACAACAAGGAGCGAUUCACCAGCCGGGUCUCAUCUAUUACGCGACCCCAAGACGACGAAUCCUCUGCAGCCGGCGCUCAUGUCAAGGUCCCAUCCCACGUCCCUUUCCUGCUCAUCGGUGGAGGAACUGCUGCUUUUGCUGCUGCCAGAUCCAUCCGUGCCCGUGACCCCGGAGCCCGGGUGCUGAUUGUGUCUGAAGAUCCUGCCCUGCCCUACAUGCGUCCACCUCUUUCCAAAGAACUGUGGUUUUCCGACGAUCCCAAUGUGACAGAGACUUUGCGGUUCAAGCAGUGGAAUGGCAAGGAGAGGAGUAUCUAUUUCCAGCCACCGUCAUUCUACGUGCCUGUCCAGGACCUGCCCUCUGUGGAAAAUGGUGGGGUGGCAGUUCUGUGUGGCAAGAAGGUUGUACAUAUGGAUGUUAGAGGGAACACAGUGAAGCUCAGUGAUGGGACCCAGAUAACCUACGACAAAUGUCUCAUUGCCACUGGGGGAACCCCAAGGAACCUGCCCGCCAUCGAAAGAGCAGGAAAGGAUGUACAGAAAAGGCUGACGCUGUUCCGAAAGAUCGAGGACUUCCGAAACCUGGAGAAGAUUUCAAGAGAAGUCAGGUCCAUCACAAUUAUUGGUGGUGGUUUCCUUGGCAGUGAGCUGGCCUGUGCUCUGGGAAGGAGAGCACGAACCCGAGGCCUGGAGGUGAUCCAGCUGUUUCCAGAGAACGGCAAUAUGGGCAAAGUCCUGCCUGAAUACCUGAGCAACUGGACCACAGAGAAAGUCAGGAGAGAGGGGGUCAACGUCCUGCCCAAUGCUGUGGUCAAGUCUGUCUCUGUCUCCGGCAACCGGCUGGUGAUUCAACUGAAGGAUGGCCGGAAGGUGGAGACAGAUCACAUUGUGGCUGCAGUAGGGCUGGAGCCUAACGUGGAAUUGGCCAAGUCUGCGGGGCUGGAAGUGGACUCGGACUUCGGGGGGUUCCGGGUGAACGCGGAGCUGCAGGCACGCUCCAACAUCUGGGUGGCAGGGGAUGCUGCCUGUUUCUACGACAUCAAACUGGGCCGGAGACGUGUGGAGCACCACGAUCACGCUGUGGUGAGCGGGAGACUGGCUGGAGAAAACAUGACUGGAGCUGCAAAGCCCUACUGGCACCAGUCCAUGUUCUGGAGUGAUCUGGGCCCCAACGUGGGGUACGAAGCCAUUGGCCUCGUGGACAGCAGUUUGCCAACAGUCGGAGUCUUCGCGAAAGCGACAGCGAAGGACACGCCAAAAAGUGCGACAGAGCAGUCAGGGACUGGAAUUCGAUCCGAGAGCGAAACGGAAGCGGAAGCCUCGGAAGUUCACAUCUCUCAAAGCUCUUCACCGACACCUCAAGUCCCGAAGCAAGGAGAAGAUUACGGCAAAGGUGUCAUUUUCUACCUCAGGGAUAAAGUCGUGGUGGGAAUCGUGUUGUGGAACAUCUUCAACAGGAUGCCCAUUGCUCGGAAGAUCAUCAAAGACGGGGAGGAGCACGAGGACCUCAAUGAAGUAGCAAAGCUCUUCAACAUCCAUGAAGACUGAACUCUCUAAGGGGAACAUGGCACUAGGAGUGAGGGGGCUGCUGGCUGUGUGCAUCCCUUCACCUUGGACAGCUUCCCUGGAGCACUUGGGAAUAUUCCACUCACCUGAGCCCAGUGUUUGCACCAAUAAAGUCAGAUUGUUCUAGUUA